AAGCCAUUCAUGCUUCCUUUGAAUACCAGUCAUUCAGUUUUUUGUUUUUUUUCUUCUCACCGAUCCCAAACACGCUGCGUUCACAUGCACAACAGGUGAUUUGCUCAUUCGUCACCCGCUGCAAUCCAAUCCCACGAGAACAAAAGCUAAAUAUAACACGCUGUGUUGUAGUCUGACGUCAGAUGUCAACGUUGUCUAAAGCGCUGCUGCUGUUUUUAAAUGUCACCUUUCACCCCACGAUAAUGAGUAACUUACUACCAGGUAUCCUGACGUGGAGCUUGUCAUUCACAAUGUGGACAAACUGCAAUCACAACAUUUCUUUGAGCAAAGGGAGUAACACGCCCACGCGAAAGAGUCUUCAGGUAAAACAAAAAGCAGUUCCGAGGUACUGCGACUCGCCCGCGGAACCUGCUCCAACAACCAAAAGCUGGGAUUUCGCGAGCUGCGGGGAUUUCUUCCUUUUCUCAAAACGCAAACGUUUCUUACGUGUUUGCAGAAAACACGUAGAGAACCACAUUCCAAAUGAUGGCAGACCAUGGAGACUUGUGCGACGGGCAGGAAGCCACGUACUGCAUGAACGGAGGGACGUGCUAUAAAAUACUCUCCAUGGACACGCUCUCCUGCGUAUGCAAUGAAAGCUACAAAGGCAGCCGGUGUGAGCAGUUCCAACUCUUCAGCACCACCAGCAACGCAACAGAAGCAGGGUUGAUUGCAGCCCUGGUCAUCGUUGCUCUCCUAAUCUUAGCGUUGCUGGCAGUCGUCAUCUACUUCAUGCGCAGGGUGUUGAAAACCAGACAACAGAGCCAACAGGACAACCCGACAGAGUACUGGAGAGUAAAACCCAGAGUAUGAUCGUCUGAUUUCCAUGCGUUUCUCUUUUUGCGGAGUUACGGCUGCAGACAGCAGCCACUAAACAGCUGUAACGUAAGGGGCAACUCCUCGCACUCAAUUAACGACCACUAAAAGUUAUUAUUUCCACUGCAGAGAACAAACUCUCUUUUGGUUAUUGUGCGUGUAAUUCUCGUGUGUCAUUGAGAAAACCCAAAAUCAGUGUUGAAACAAAGCUAAGAAUAAUAAACCGUUUUAAUAACACAGAGCCGAGCUUUCUGUUCUCAGACGGACUCAAACAUAAACUCUACUCACACUAAGACAGUGAGCAGUUGCCCAGAACGAUUCCAUCACAGCAUGUUCGGCAGCUGCCGUUUGCAGCGUUGUUGCUCAAUACUGGAUCAGUUGUACAUAACGUUGUCCCCAUUAGUCGCUGAGACACAAAAACACGGGAAAAACAGGGUCACGGUUGAAAAAUACCAAGUUUAUCUUGUCAAGUCAAGAGAGGACGAACACCUCAUGAGAUUUUUUUGAGUCCACAACCUUUGGUUUAAAAAGAUGGAACUGGUGUCACUCAUAUCACAUUUCAAUCUGUGCUUUAGCUGAUAUGUACGAAGCAUGGUUGUAACAUCGGAAAUAUUAUUCUCAAUAUUUAGUUAUGAAAUAACCCCUUGUGUCAAUUGAUGAAUAUGCUCAAUAUCCUAUUAAAUAUUUAAUAAAGUUUGUGAUAAUAUAUCCAACGAA